GUCAAUAGCAAUGAACUUACAAAUGGUGUAAUUAAUGCUGCCUUCAUGCUCCUCUUCAAAGAUGCCAUUAGACUGUUCGCGGCAUAUAACGAAGGGAUUAUUAACCUCUUGGAAAAAUAUUUCGAUAUGAAAAAGAACCAGUGCAAAGAAGGCCUUGAUAUAUAUAAGAAGUUCCUCACUAGAAUGACACGGAUCUCAGAGUUCCUUAAAGUUGCAGAGCAAGUUGGAAUUGACAGAGGAGACAUACCAGAUCUCUCACAGGCACCGAGUAGCCUUCUUGAUGCUUUGGAACAACAUUUAGCUUCUCUAGAAGGGAAGAAAAUCAAAGAUUCCACAGCUGCAAGCAGGGCUACCACCCUUUCCAAUGCGGUCUCUUCCCUUGCAAGCACUGGCCUGUCCCUCACAAAAGUUGAUGAAAGGGAAAAACAAGCUGCGUUGGAGGAAGAACAGGCUCGCUUAAAAGCUUUAAAGGAGCAACGUCUAAAAGAACUUGCAAAGAAACCUCAUACCUCUUUGACAACUGCAGCUUCUCCUGUGUCCACUGCAGCAGGAAGCAUAAUGACUACACCAGCCAUUGAUAUUUUUUCUACCCCUAGCUCUUCAAACAGCACUUCAAAGCUGCCAAAUGAUCUGCUCGAUUUGCAGCCAACGUUUCAUCCGUCUGUACAUCCUAUAGCUGCUGCUCCACAAGUAGGAAGUACCUGGGGAGAUCCUUUUUCUGCUACUGUUGAUAGUGUUGAUGAUGCCAUUCCAAACCUAAAUCCUUUCCUUACAAAAACUAACGAUGCUGCUCAUCUGUCUGUGUCUUCUGAUGUAUCUGCUUUCACCAGUAGGACACCCACACAUGAAAUGUUUGUUGAUUCUUUUUGUGGUCCUCAAGCUUACCCUAAUGCUUCUCAUUUCCGCAAUGAGCCUUCUUCUGUAGCUGGUCUAUUUGGAGGGUUCACUCCAUCUCCUGUUGCUCAACCACAGCCAUCAGCCGGCCUUAAUGUUGACUUUGAGUCUGUGUUUGGAAACAAAUCUUCUAAUGUUGUCCUAGAUUCUGGUGGUUUUGAUGAACUAGGUGGUCUCCUAAAACCAACAGUGGCCUCUCAAAACCAGAGUCUUCCAGUUGCCAAAGUACCACCUAACAAAUUAGUGUCAGAUGAUCUGGAUUCAUCUUUAGCCAAUCUUGUAGGCAAUUUGGGCAUUGGAAAUGGAACUACUAAAAAUGAUGUAAACUGGACUCAGCCAGGUGAAAAGAAACUAACAGGUGGUUCCAACUGGCAACCCAAGAUUGCACCUACAACUGCGUGGAAUGCUCCAACGUUGAAUGGCAUGCAUUUUCCACAAUACGCACCACCUGUAAUGGCAUAUCCUGCCACAACGCCGACGGGAAUGAUGGGCUAUGGGAUGCCAUCACAGAUGGGAGGCAUACCAGUAAUGACACAGCCAACUCUAAUAUACAGUCAGCCAGUCAUGAGACCACCAAACCCUUUUGGCCCUGUACCGGGAGCACAGCUGUCUGCAGCAUCCAGCCCUUCCAGUCAGAGUCCUCACAGAGCCUCAGGAAAGGAUCCCUUUGCAGAGAUCUCUCUCCAGGAUUUCUUGUAG